AUGAAUCAUAAAAGAAAUCUGGCCACGCUGUGCUCCAAAAUAAAAUAGAUUUUAUUAAAUCCAUAAUAAAGGAAAACAAAGCGCCCCUUGGAAGCGAACUCAGGCCCAGCCAGUUUUCCUCGACAACAAACUAGCACAAUGGUGUGCGUACCGUGCUUUAUCAUUCCGCUGCUGCUUUACAUUUGGCACAAGUUCAUUCAGCCGAUAAUUCUGCGCUACUGGAAUCCCUGGGAGAAGAAGGACGCCGAGGGCAAUGUGAUCAAGAAGGGGCCCGACUUCCCCUUCGAGUGCAAGGGCGGCGUUUGCCCCUUUGUUCCGGGGUCCAAGAAGACCCCCAAUGUGGACGGUGAUGCCAAGGAACCCGAAAAUCCUCACACGACAACGAGUACAACCACAACAACCACAGCACCACUGGAAACGGAGGAAACCAAGAAGGAAAUCUAGUCGAAAUAUUCCAAAAACAAUAUCCUUAAUAUGUAGUCUGUUUUUUUUUGAGCUUGUCUAUAAGAAAAUCCACGCACACAACACCAAAACUAUGUAAUUCAACGUCAUCAUGCGAUGUGUCGUGGGCGGCGGUCGGUUGGGGGCGUGGCCGCAAGGGAGCACUAAGAACACUUAAUGAGUAAUUAAUUUAAAUUAAAUGUACACCUUGACCACACCAAAAAAAAAA